AUGGAAGUCUACGAGGGCGUUCUUGCCCCCCUCAUGGGGCAAGUUCUUGAUGGUUACAAUUGCACAGUUUUUGCUUAUGGUCAAACAGGAAGUGGAAAGACCUUCACUAUGGAAGGGCGUCAUGAUUCCUCUGAAGACUUCGCAUGGAACACUGAUCCAACAGCAGGAAUUAUUCCACGCGCACUUGAUCAAAUUUUUUCAGUACUUGGCGAGGAUAUUGAUUACACUGUGCGCGUCUCUUACGUCGAACUUUACAAUGAACAAAUUUUUGAUUUGCUGAAUCGGACUGAAUCACAAUUGGAAUCAUUGAGAAUUUUUGAUGAUAAAACAAAGGGAGUAUCAAUUGCUGGUGCUGAAGAGGUCAUUGUCCGCUCGAUUAAAGAAGUUCACGAAUUGCUUAGACGUGGAGCUGAGAAGCGUCGUACAGCUACAACCCUUAUGAACAUGACUUCUAGUCGUUCUCAUUCUGUCUUCACUGUUUAUGUUAUGAGCCGGGCUUAG